UUCCUGCAUGAGCUUUAUCUCAAACCCUUAAUAGGGUAAAGUCCAAUAAUCCAUCUACUACUUUUCAGUGGUUGUGGUGUUGCCAUUGAAUUUUCAUGUAAUGCCAUAUAUUAUAAUAUUCCUCAAUUGCCAAGACAAAAAAGGCUCUUUAGUUUUGUGAGAUACGUACACAAAUCUUCCAGCUCUUAUAUUCACUUCGCAUUCGGAACCACCAAAGCAAAACCUUCCUCAUGGAAUUUUAGGCGACCUUCAAAGGUUGUGAACUGAGUGUAGGUUGAAGUUUUGCCUCCUGCCACUCAUACAGCAUUUGGUGGUAUCGGUUGGACAGUAUCAAUCCCAUCAUGUCACCUAAGGCUCUUGACUACGAGACAUUGAAUGAAAAUGUUAAGAAGGUUCAAUAUGCUGUCAGAGGCGAGUUGUACCUUCGAGCUUCUGAGCUUCAGAAGGAAGGGAAGAAGAUCAUUUUCACAAACGUUGGCAACCCUCAUGCCCUAGGACAGAAGCCACUAACUUUCCCUCGCCAGGUGGUUGCUCUAUGCCAAGCUCCAUUUCUUCUAGAUGAUCCUAAUGUAGGACUCAUGUUCCCUGCAGAUGCGAUUGCAAGAGCUAAACAUUAUAUUUCAAUAACUUCGGGUGGUCUAGGUGCUUAUAGUGACUCACGAGGCCUUCCUGCAAUAAGGGAGGAAGUGGCUGAGUUCAUUGGGAGGCGCGACGGGUAUCCUAGUGAUCCAGAGCUUAUAUUUCUCACGGAUGGUGCCAGCAAAGGAGUAAUGCAGAUCUUGAACACUAUUAUCCGCGGUGAAGGGGAUGGGGUUUUGGUUCCAGUUCCACAAUAUCCGCUUUACUCAGCUGCAAUAGCUUUGUUUGGUGGUUCUCUUGUUCCAUAUUACCUUGAAGAGACGGCAAAUUGGGGUCUUGAUAUUAAGAACCUCCGUCAGUCAGUUGCAAAUGCUCGCUCUAGAGGAAUAACUGUACGAGCAAUGGUGAUUAUAAACCCUGGAAACCCUACUGGACAGUGUCUUAGUGAAGCUAAUUUGAAAGAAAUUUUACAAUUCUGUUUCCAAGAAAACUUAGUCUUGCUUGGGGAUGAAGUUUAUCAGCAGAACAUUUACCAGGAUGAGCGUCCCUUUCUUAGCUCUAGAAAGGUUUUAAUGGACAUGGGCCCACCCAUUAGCAAGGAGGUCCAGCUUGUUUCUUUUCACACUGUGUCCAAAGGAUACUGGGGUGAAUGUGGACAGCGAGGCGGAUAUUUUGAGAUGACUAACAUCCCUCCUAAGACUGUUGAUGAAAUCUAUAAGGUUGCAUCAGUAUCGCUCAGUCCAAACGUCCCCGGACAGAUAUUUAUGGGACUAAUGGUCAAUCCACCUAAACCUGGAGAUAUCUCAUAUGAGAGGUUUGUUAGAGAGAGCAAAGGUAUUCUGGAGUCACUGAGGAAGAGAGCACAAAUAAUGACUGAUGGAUUCAAUAGUUGUAGAAAUGUGGUUUGCAAUUUCACUGAAGGCGCCAUGUAUUCUUUCCCUCAAAUACGCUUGCCACCAAGAGCGAUAGAAACUGCAAAAAGAGCUGGAAAAGUUCCCGAUGUUUUCUAUUGUCUGAAACUAUUGGAAGCCACGGGCAUUUCCACAGUGCCAGGUUCAGGAUUUGGACAAAAAGAAGGGGUCUUCCACUUGAGGACUACCAUUUUACCGGCGGAGGAAGACAUGCCGGCAAUCAUGGCGAGUUUCAAGGAGUUCAAUGAUGAGUUUAUGGAGCAAUAUGAAGACUACAGAGGCUAUUCCAGAAUGUGAGGGAUGCUUUAAUUGCAUUAUCUGUAUAAUCCUCUUAACCAAGUGCAUGCUGUGUAAUGUAUGUAUGCUCUGACAUUCUCUCUCUCCCCCAUACAUUUGGUUUUCCAGUUUCUUAUUGACAAUCAAUCGUACCUGCACUUCUUUUUC